UUUUUAUUCAAAGUGCAGAUCCCUAUGAAAAAAAAGAUAAUUUGCAUUUUUUUUUAGACCUUAAUGUCAUUUUAUUCUUUAUCUCUCAGUAGAUAAAACGCCUUCAAAGUGCUCAUAUCUGACAGGGGAGUGGGUGUGUCUCUGGGCAGUUUCUUCCAUAAAAACCCUUCAAAUGUUCGCAUUUAUCUCAACCUUCCAACCAACAGAAGAUUCGAGAUGAGUCUGAGCGCUAAGGACAAGGCAGCAGUCAAGACCUUUUGGGCCAAAGUGUCUGGACAGGCGGACGCCAUCGGCUCAGACGCUCUGUCCAGGUAUGGAUUACUUCCAGGAAUUUUACUUCCUAGUUUUGUCAGAUUACAUAUUCUGUCCUGUUUCUUCAGGAUGCUGGUGGUGUACCCCCAGACCAAGACCUACUUCGCCCACUGGACGGACCUGAGCCCCGGUUCUGCCCCGGUGAACAAGCACGGGCAGACUGUGAUGGGAGGAGUCGCUGAUGCUGUGGCCAAAAUCGACGACAUCUCCUCAGGUCUGCUGGACCUCAGUGAGCUGCACGCCUUCACCCUGAGAGUGGAUCCCGCCAACUUUAAGAUUCUUUCUCACAACAUCCUGGUGGUUUUGGCCAUCAUGUUCCCCCAAGACUUCACCCCAGAGGUCCAUGUGGCUUUGGAUAAGUUCCUGGCUGCAGUGUCCCUCGCUCUGUCUGAGAAAUAUCGAUAAAAAGCACGAAAAUAAAAGGGCAGAAGCUGUCUUUGAGUUUCAAUGUUAAGCAAAAUAAAAUAUCAAAUUCAUGAAUCAUAUGUGUGUGGUUUGUGUGAUUCAUUGCAUUUUCUGAGCACUAUUGGAGCGGUUAUGCAAACAAGCCAAACAUUUGGAUCACACAGUGGUAUGGGCUUCAGAUUUCUCCUCAAAAAUUCAGUUGUGUCCUAAAAUAAUUAUCCAAUCAUCCAAUUGCAUACAUACAUUUUAUCAGGAGACUGUAG